UUCACAUACUGUAGCUACUGGCUAGAAAUUCGAGCUGGCAGCCAGCUAGGUUUUCCAUUGAUUCGAUUCCCACCGCCACAAACUUGGAGACGGCUGCCGAUAGUACGUUCAUCAUUUUCUGUCUACAAAAUUGUUGUCAAAGAUUCGCAAUGAUGGAUCCUCCUUCACCCACUGACCGCCCUGGAGCUUUCAUUACCCCUUCCCCUGCACUCACGGACAUGCUUUGGAAUGCUCGAAUGGCCGGUAGUAGUGAAUGCACCAAGGUCAACAUCACUGUGGAGAGGCUGUUUAAAGGAGAAACAAGUGGUGGCAUCCAAGCUGUCCUCACAAGGACCUUGGAGGAAGUAUCCAAAUUGAUCUCGGAGAUGGAGACUGAGAUUUCAGAUGUUCCCCUUCCUGGAAUGUCGCAGGAAACCAUGGAGGAGGACAAGUCCACUGCUGAAGGCUCCCACACGCAUAGUAGCUCAGUUGUGAGGCCCGAGGAGGAGAAGCGAGCAGCAGAUUGAACCGCUCGGGUGUCUUUACCCAUUUGGCGCCACUUUGCAGCCACGAAAGACAUUCCCUGCACACGAAGCAAGAGCCAAACGAUAAUCACACUAACACGUCAACUCAAUAUCAUCUUGUCAAACAAGUUGAACGAACCGCUUGUUACGAAUUAGUUGC